AUGCGCAUCCUAUCCUUCCUCAGCCUCCUCCUCGCCAGCGCCCUCACAGCCCAGGCCUGCACAUACUGCCAAUGCGAAUUCCAAGACGGCUCCCACUGCUGCGUCUACUCCGACGCCACGCAGGGGAACCUCGACUGCACAGCCGUGUGUAAGAAUGCGCACCGCGCGGACGGGAAGAGCAAUGAUGACGGAACGGCCGGGACGGCUUGUAAUGCGGGUGGGAAGUAUAAGUGUGCUUCUGCUUUUACGGCGUUGGAUCGGGCGCCUUGUUAUAAGUAG